UCCGGUCGCUCCUCCGCGCUCGUCUGCUCCUCUUGACCUUGCCUUUAAUUGUCUGAAACGGCGAUUGGAAGCGAGAGAGUGAGCGAGGGAGAGAGAGAGAGAGGGGGGGAGGAAGAGAGGGAGAGUGAGAGAGAGGGGAUAGCACGGCAUCAUCCCGAGGAUGGGAGAUGAGGAGCAGCCGAAAAUGGUUCCCAAAUCCUCCUCCUUCAGCAUUAAGAACCUUUUGCUCCCCGAAGAUUUUCAUCAGAACGAGAGCAACCAUAGAAGCGACUUCCCGAGCGGGAAAGGCGGCGAGACCGAGAGCGGGGCAGUCAAAGCUGACUUCAAGUAUCAGGAGCGUCCGGAGACACAGGUCGUCAGCGAGGGGGGCGACCAGAAGAAGGAGGAGAAGAAACAGGGGAAAUAUGACAAGCCGCCCUUUAGUUACAACGCCCUGAUCAUGAUGGCAAUCCGGCAGAGCGCCGAGAAGCGCUUGACACUCAACGGGAUCUACGAGUUCAUCAUGAGGAAUUUCCCCUACUACCGAGAGAACAAGCAAGGCUGGCAGAACUCCAUCCGCCACAACCUCAGCCUCAAUAAGUGUUUCGUCAAAGUGCCCCGGCAUUACGACGACCCUGGCAAGGGGAAUUACUGGAUGUUGGACCCGUCCAGCGACGACGUGUUCAUCGGCGGGACGACGGGCAAACUUCGCCGGAGGUCGGUCACGUCCCGGGGCAAAUUGGCUUUCAAGAGGGGGCUUCGCCUUUCGACGACUGGACUGGGCUUGGUGGAACGCAGCAACCCCCUGUAUUGGCCGCUGUCACCCUUCCUUUCCUUGCACCAUCCGCACAACACUCUCAAUUACUCCAGCGCCGCCUCCAGUUUUUUGAACCAGGCUCCCAGUUACAGCUCGUUGCUCACAGGUUGCGGAUCCGGGGUGGAGCAGAUGGCGAGCGGGGAUAUCUCUCACCCGUUGUUGAGGGGAUCUGUACAGUGCGGGUACACGGUGAACCCUUGCUCCGUCAGCUUGCUGGCGGGGCAAGCCGGCUACUUCUUCCCAUCUUUGCAUCACACGCAGGCGGUGCAGCAGCAGAACGGACCCGGGAUGGGGAAUCCGGGUGCACCCUCCAGCUCACCUCCACUAGCCACUUCCAUUCUCUCCGAGACCCUCAGGCCGUCCCUUUCCACUUUCCCAUCCGGACUGGCCGCUGGAUUUACCAGCUACCUGUCGCAGCAGAACGCAGGAGCCCCCAACAACGCGUUUUUGCACUGAUCUAGGCCCCUGCCGAGCAAAACAAACGCUAUGCAAAAACCACAGCUGCACCUUGCUUCAACAAGCCCGGGCUGAUACAUUUGCUAGAUUAUUAUUUCUGGUGAUAGUCGAAAAUUGACUUUAAAUUCAUGUUCUGGGGAAAAAAAAGCAAUGAUUGAAAGAAAGAAACUCCAGGCUGUAGUUUCAUCGUGUAAACGUAACAAUAUUAAAGUCGAAGAUACCUUGCACAGCUUCUACUGCGAUCGGCAAAAAAAAGUCUGCCUUUUUCUAAUUUAAAUGGAGAGCAAAAGAAACAUUGCAACCGGUUUGCUUUGUAAUAUAAACUCAGCAAAAAAGGGAAACCGUUAUCUUUAGUCUGAAAUCUGGAUUUCUCUUUAACCAAAGGUAACACUAACGUAUAAUCCAAAAUAUCCGAAACGGUUGGAGUAAGUUUGUUGUUUUUUUUUCUUUUUUGAGUGAUCCACAAUAUUUAUUAUUUAUUUAAAAAAAUGUACAUAUAUGUAUUCAUAAUUUAAUAUGGUACACAAUAUCUCUCCAGACCAUUUUAGGUUAAUUAUUUUGAGCUGAUUAAUGAUAUUGGAAGUAGUAAGCAAAAUAUAUGGUGACUUUUUUUGUGUUCCUGCCUAAAAUGGUUGCAUCAUUUGCUUCGUUACUCUCUAUAAAAGCGCCUUAAUAAACACAGUCAAACAGGGUUUCUGUACAACUUGGGCCGCUGUGCAAAUAUUUAUUUCU